AUGGCUUACUUCAAUCCACUUCCAAUGGCUAUAGUUCAGAAGUUAGAAGAAAGUCGAAUUCCGCGAGGGAGUAUAAUAUUCUAUCGAAAUGACCAAUGGGUAUUUCAAGGUGGAUCAACAGCAAAUGAAGAACAUGCACUAUGCUCGCAACCUUUUGAUUCAUUGGGACCAUUUGAUAUUCAACCAGUAACAAUCUCAUUUGAAAUGAUUCCAGCGACUUGCCAAUAUACUAUUCUAAGUAUUGGAAAUCAACGAUUGAGAACAGAGGAACGAGCCACUGGUUACUACGCUCCGAUAGCUCAAAUUACACUCGAAGGAUCCGCACGUUCAACGGCCAACAUUCCCGACCAUGCAACGCAUUUUUGUUGGCUAUAUCCACCGAAUAAUGUUCCUAGUGCUGAGAUUAUUGGUGCAAAUAAUGAAUACGAAAGAAAUCUACUUCACAUAGGUGGAUUUGCAUAUUUCAAAUUGAAUGCAACUAAUAAUAGUGCACUCGAACUGAUACGAGUUAAUGCAUUGAUUGCUUCUGCAAAAAACGGAUUAACAUUUGAAGGUCCUUAUCCAUGGCGAGCGGAAUUCACUGAUCGGCUCUGGUCUGAAAAUCGAUUUCAGCCGGUAACAUUGUCGAAUCUUCGUGAGAAAGGUGCACGAUAUUUUGCAUUUAUCAAUCCAUACGAAACUUUCGUUACUACUAAUGAUCGAUCGAGCUGGACACCGUCAUCGAAUGGUGCUUUUGCAUAUUUAUUCAAUGACGAUCAUUCAGCACAUCCAUUCGAUUGUUAUUUUCCUGUUUCUGACGAUUGUUUAGGUGUUGCACCAUCUGCCGAAGAUGUUUAG